GUGAUCUGAACGCAGGAGGAGGACACGCAGUUCGCUUCAGGAUGAGAGGAUCCAGAGUUUUUAUGAACCUCCUGUGGAUUUACAGAAGCAUGGAGAUGAUCCGAGUUCUGCUGGUUCUGCUGGUUCUGGGGUCGGCGGAGGGCAGGAGAGUUCGGGGUCAGCGGACUCAGACGCCCGAGAGCUUUCCUCUGGACUUCACAGCUGUGGAGGGAAACAUGGAGAGCUUCAUGACUCAGGUGAAGAACUUGGCUCAAUCCCUGUAUCCCUGCUCGACUCAGAAACUGGACCAGGAGAUGAAGCUUCAGUUCCUGAGGAACUCAUCGGUCACCUGUAAUGACGGUUCACCUGCUGGCUACUACAUAAAGGAGUCACGAGGCAGCCGGCGAUGGCUGAUGUUCCUGGAGGGUGAGUGA